AUGCAGCAGAACCUCUCUCGCCUCUGUGGGAGCCGCUCUCUGUGGCAGGAUCAGAGGUGCCACACGCUCGCCGACCUCUGUAGCUCCAGUGCCUCGAUGAAUGACAACCUGACCGAUGUCUGUGCCGAUGAUGAGCUGAUGGGAGGCUCCGGCAACAGCACGCUUCUGCAAAUCUGCAACAGUGACACUAACAACCUGCGCGCGUCGCUGUACCCAACUAUUAUACCGGUCUUCACGGUCGUCACGCUGGUCUCGGGCGUGGUGAGCAGCCUGGUGGUGGUGGCGACGCCCUGGGUGCGGCGGCCCAUGUCCCCCACCAUCCGCCUCUCCCUCUCCCUCGCCGCCGCCAACACUGUGGUCUCCUUCGCCAUCAUCCUCGACCUGCUUAUCAACACCUACGUCCCGGCCGUGUACCCUCUUCUCCCAUGCAGCUCCGUCUACGGCCACUACGCCUGUGUACAGCUGACCAUUUUCACGGUGAAGAUGGCCAUGAUUCUGGUCCAGGUUCUGCACCUCCUCGUCGUGGCCAUGAACCACUACAUCGGCAUCCGUCGGCCUCUGCACUACGCCACCAUCGUCACGCCUCGCUUUCUGAAGAAGGUCCUCGCCGGCUUGUGGGUUUCACCUCUAGCAGUCAUGUUUGCCGCCUUCUCGGCCGUCCCCGGUCAGGGCUACCAAUCUCCGUCCUGCGCCAACAACGAUUUUAUAGAAAACGGCAUUACAUUCAGGAUCGUGUGGAUCUGCAUCUUCUUCGGGCCGACGCUGCUCAUCAUUCUCGCCUACUGCCACAUCUUCUUCCUGCUCAAGAACCGCAGCCUCUACCUGGUCAGCGCGGAACAACGCUCGCAGCUCAGGAAAAACAUCAACUCAAGCCCAUAUAAUUUCUACCUUAUACUAGUUAAACCCCAAACAUUAAUCCAGGUCCUGUAUACAUACCCUACACAGCAAGAUAUGGCAAACGCCCUCAGUUUCCUGAUGCUGGAAGUUAGAUCCAAGAAAUGCCUUCACAACGCUAAUGUUUGCCAGAGCAUGUCGAAAGCUUCAUCACCUUAUUAG